CAGCAUAUUUAUCCGUCACCCCUUUUAUAGUUUCCCACUUCUCUCAAGUUUCAACUACACAACACCAUCACGCACUUAGAGAUCCAACCCCAACCCCAUAGCCGAAAACCACCACAACCCAUGUUCUCUAAUGGCCACCAAACUUCACCCCCACAACCACCACCCACCACCUCAACAACUCCAGUCACCACCCAAAACCCACCGCAACUCCUCCCCAUAACCACCACCACCACCACCACCACCACCCACGACCCCAAAAAACUAACUCUAAUCCCCCUAAUCUUCCUCAUCUACUUCGAGGUGGCUGGCGGCCCAUACGGCGAAGAACCCGCCGUGCAGGCCGCCGGCCCCCUCCUCGCCAUCCUCGGAUUCCUAAUCUUCCCCUUCAUCUGGAGCAUCCCGGAGGCCCUCAUCACUGCUGAGCUCUCCACCGCCUUCCCCGGCGACGGCGGCUUCGUGAUAUGGGCCGACGCCGCUUUCGGCCCCUUCUUCGGCUCCCUCAUGGGCACGUGGAAGUUCCUCAGCGGUGUCAUCAACAUAGCCGCCUUCCCCGUCCUCUGCGUUGACUACCUCCAAAACAUCUUCUCCGUCUUCUCCGGCGGUUACCCCCGUUACCUCGCCGUUACCCUCUCAACACUCCUCCUCUCCUUUGUCAACUACUUAGGCCUAUCCAUAGUGGGUUACUUCGCCGUCUUCCUCGGUAUAAUCUCUCUUUUACCCUUUAUCGUAAUGUCCUUAAUAGCUAUCCCACAGAUAAAGCCCCAUAGAUGGCUCAGUUUAGGCCAGAAAGGAGUUAAACACGACUGGAAUAUUUUCUUCAAUACCCUUUUUUGGAAUUUGAAUUUUUGGGAUAAUGUUAGUACUCUGGCAGGAGAAGUCAAAAACCCACAAAAGAUAUUCCCAAAGGCAUUAUUUAUCGCGGUGAUUUUCACCUGUUUGGCUUAUAUUAUCCCACUUAUGGCCGUAACUGGGGCCGUCUUGGUUGACCAAAGCGAAUGGGAAGCAGGGUUCAUGGCACAGGCUGCGGAAAUUAUCUCGGGGAAAUGGCUUAAGUUGUGGAUUGAAAUAGGCGCUGUUUUGUCUGGAAUUGGGCUUUUCGAAGCCCAAUUAAGCAGCAGUGCCUAUCAGGUCCUGGGUAUGGCGGAAUUGGGCUUUUUGCCCAAAAUUUUCGGGGUUAGGUCGAAAUGGUUCGGUACACCUUGGGUGGGAAUUGUGUUAUCGACCGUGAUCACCCUCUCUGUUUCGUUCAUGAAUUUCACAGAUAUUAUCUCUUCGGCGAAUUUCUUGUACAGUUUGGGGAUGCUGUUGGAGUUCGCAUCCUUUGUGUGGCUAAGGAGGAAGUAUCCGGCAAUGAAGCGGCCAUUCCGGGUGCCGAUGGGGAUACCGGGACUUGUAGUUAUGUGUUUGGUUCCAUCCGCGUUUUUGGUUUUUAUAAUGGCUAUUGCGACUAAGGUUGUUUACUUGGUGAGUGGGCUGAUGACCGUGGCUGGGGUUGGGUGGUAUUUUUUCAUCAAGUAUUGUAAGGCCAAGAAGUGGUUCAAGUUUAGUGAAAAUGGUGAUAAGUUUAUUACCGUUGGAAAUGGUGAGGGACUAGCUGCACCUGCUUUUUAUCUGUAUCUCUGUUCCCUCUGCAAUUUUAGCAACAGUUAAUUACAUGCACAUGGGUAUUGGUCAAGAAGAUACAGCUGGUUUGGUAUGGUGCGAUUGCUGCCUUUUCGGCUUGUUUGAAGUCAACCUACUUUGAAAAGACGAGUAAGCAAAAGUGUUCCCAAAGUCAUGUACUCCAUUUUUCUCUCCUCAAAUGUAAGCAGAAACUAUUGGUUUUUUGUUCUUUUAUGUUGUGGUCCUACCAUAUUCAAGUAAGCCUCUUGAGAAUGAGAAAAAAAUGGUGCGAUAGAGUGUAAGCGUCUUUCAAUGGUAUUAAAAUAUUUUAGAGCGGUGAUUAAAA